UUUUCAGCGCUCAAUACCGAAUGAUUCUUUCGCGACGCGCGCGCUCGACUGUCCGCUGGGUUUCGUAUCCGGCAGCUUUUCCAGGGCUUCCCCUUCCCUCUUCUCAACCAUUAAUCGCUUGGUGGCUAAGGAUUUUUUUUUAUUUCUUUCGCUAAAUCCUCGUCGCUGGGACUUGAGAAACCUAACGAGGCAAGUGCGUUCUCUUUUCUCGUUCCCACCUCAUUUGCUACACGCGAAUCUCGGCGUUGUAAGCCAACGGCGGUAUUCAGCGUCGGAGGUGCCCAGACAUUUGAGAGCCCCUCUCUCCGCUACCCGCUUGUGUUUCCGAGUCCCCGUACUAACAGCGAGAGCGCUCCUAAAGGGAUAAGCAACAAAACAAGAAACGAAAAGGCGAAAGAAAGAUGAUUUAUUCGCAUCCUCGGCUGGUGUUCCUCGCCCGUUCCGAGGCCCCGAUCGGAGGAAACCCGGCCGCAAUCAUGGAACAUCGACGUGCGAACCCACGCCAACGACGGCCCUAAAAAGUCGCCGAAGCUUGUGCUCGUAGCAGCAGCAGGUCGCGAUGUGCGCCCAUCGGCGUCGCGGACCUUCGAGCGGGAACGCGUCGUUACCUGGGACGCCCGCCAAGUCGAGCUUGUGGCCGUGUUGAAGGGAGAUACUCGGUGCGGACACGCUAGCUCGUCAAACAGCGGUUCGUUCCUCGAGACGAACCCCCGCGGGUCCCCCAUGGCCCACAGGCCAGCGGCGGCGCGAUCCGCAAAAUGACGUUCAAAGUGGGUGACUACGGCUGGGUCUGGGACGGCAUCCAGUGGACCUCUUGGCGCUCGCUCAACUCCGACCGGGACCACCAGCAACAGAAACCGCUGCUGGGCUUCACGCUCUUCAUUUGGAUCAAGCGGCUGAAGCUAGACGAGGCCGAACUCCUGCGCAACAUUCAGGUGCUCGGCGGGCGCGUGUCCGAGUUUCUCGACGAGGCGGUCAGCUUCGUGGUCACCGACCAGGACCCGACCAAGGUAGGCGCGGCGGCGCCCAAACCCGCCGAAGAACAAGCGCCGCGCUCGCGCGGCCAGCUGAUCCUGAGCCGCGCGCACAAGGCAGCCGAAGCGUCCGCCGAAGACUGUGUCAUCGACAGGGUGCGAGAGGCUCGCAUUCGGCUCUGGAACAUCAGCCAAUUCCUGCGCUGGGUCGAGGUGCAGCUCAACAUCCAGCCCGCCGCUUCGCCCGCGCUCGAGCUGCCCGCCGCUGCCGCCGCGGCGACGUCCCGCAAGCGCAAGGCGUCUCGCCUGCCGCGACCGCUCGUCAAGGUCGAAGACUUAGAGCAGGAGUUCAAGCCGGUGUACAAGGUGUUCAAGUCGGAUCCGUCGCUCUACAUCAACUCGUUGUACCCGUCGAGCCCGUUCGACGACCCCGCCGUUCAGGAUCGGUACGUGCAGGCGAAAAAGUCCGGCCGAGCCGUCUCCGGUGAUUCGGACUGUUCCGACAAGGAGCCCGCCGUAACUGGGACGGCCAACAAGCCGCAACAGGGAGCCGCUGCAGCCGCCCCGGCACCACCGGCCAAGCACCAGUACUGCGAGUGCUGCAAUGCCUACUUCUACAACCUGCAGCAGCACAUAGGCCCCGACGGGGCGCACCACCGCGAGUUUGCUCUGCGCGAGGACAACUUCGAGUGUGUGAAGGAGCUCAUUGACUGUUUCCCGAGUCUGGACGAAUUUGUGGGCAACGGUGACCAUGGCGUAGACAAGGUGCUCGGUGACAUGCACCCUUCGGCGUACCACUUUGCCAUGCUCAAUGCGGCCGGUAUGCAGGCGUCUGCCGCUGCCUACCACCGGCCACCACCUAUGCCAUUCCCGACGAGGCCCACUUUCGACCCGGGACAAGUGAUGGUGAAGCAAGAACCGCAAGACGACUCACCCCCCAGCGCCAUGCACCAUUCGGGACUGCUUUCCGGUGUAGGUGAGGCCAGUGCAGCCGUUCCCCUCGACUUCUCGCGGACGAGCCAGCUGUCAGAGAUCUGCGGGCAGAGCUUCCCGCGGGAGUACACCCACCACCAUCAGGGCCCUCCGGCGCCACCACCUCCACUCCUUCCGCACCCGCCCUACCUUCCAGACAAGGCUGAGGAGCCACAGUCGUGCUGGAUGGCGGGGGGUGCCAAGAUGGACCCUGGUGGCAGCGUGGCCGCCACGGCAGCGGCCAUGCCUCCUCCACCACCGCACCUGUCGCACCACUCGCAGGGGGUGCAGCCGGUGUCAAGUUCCCACCACCUGCCGCUCGAAAACCUCAGCUUCCUCGACCCUCCGCAGCAGGAUGCGAUGUUCACGAGUGAGCUUCCGCAGCCAGACUUCUCGUUUGGCCUGCAGAACCUCCUGCACAGCAUCUGUGACGAGACCGAGGAGGAGAAUGGUCAGAGGAGAAGUGGUGGCUUGCGGAGCGUCGACGGCCACAAGGAGAACUUAGAGAAGGUCGCGGAGAGUGCAGCCGCUCCAACGUCUUUAGUACCUCAGCCUCAGCAGCAGCAGCAGCAGCAAUAUCCUACGUGGCCCUACUCGGACCCACCAUCUAUGGCUGCAGAGAACGCAAGGUGUCAGCAGCAGCCGUCCAUGGAGAACUCGUCUUCAUCGCCGCUCGAGCUGACAGCACACACUCCGUCCGAGGCACCGCCGUCAUCCGCGUCGAAGCAGACGGCGGCUCGAAGGAGACACAGCCGCGACGACGAGGACGCGACCAGCAAUGGCAUGUCCGAAAGCAACCCCAAUCGCUGGACUGUCGAGCGAACGCGACGAGGCGUCGGACUGAAGCUGAAGUUCACACCAGCACGUAAGCAGAGCUCUUCGCUGCUGAGUCCCCCAACCCCGGUGCAGACUACUCCGCGGACACCGAAAGCAGCCAAGAGCGCUGCAGGUGGAGGCGGCGGUUCAUCCUCGUUUGAUGUCUACGACUGGAACGAGGAGGAGGAAGGUGAGUGUUCAGACUUUGUGAAAGUCCAGUGGCGGGUCAUGCACACCGAGGACACGAAAGUGAUCCUAUGCCGGACUAAGCAGUUUGCGCUCCCGCGCAAGCACGGCAAGGGUGUGGGCGGUGGCAAGCAGCUCGUCUACUGACAUGCGCGGUUGAAUGCUUGAAGUUGUGUGCAGCUGUUCACACGGGGGUUGUUGCUUUGCCCUCGGGUGUAACACUUGUGCAAUGCUGGACCUCCGACGAGUGCAGCAUCAGUGCAACAGUGAACCACAGAAAAUGCAAUAUCAUCAGUCUACGAGUCAGCAACCACUCUGUUCUUGGUCACAGAGCCAAGAGUGGCGUGUCCACGUCGAACUCUUAAGAUGCGUCUUCGAGCAUCUGCACUACUUUCUCCGUUCUCAUCACCGUCACCUACGAAGCCUGCGUCUCACUUGCUGUAACAUUUUGUCCAUCAGACAGCUUCAUGCACGCUUCUUAGUGAAAGUGGACUGGGGUCCCACCUAGUGCUUUGUUGCAGCAUGACCCCCGGGAUUUUGAAGCGCUGGAUGUCUGAGGGUCACUUGUGUGUAAGAUUUUGUCUGUGAGGGUUGCGCCCAGGUAUUCUCAUGUUCCCAAAAUCGACAGAGGCUCCCUGUACAAGGUCAUUCCUUCCAGUUUCCUUGCGAGGACCGUAUACCUGGGCACAGCUAGCCACAACAAACCUCGUGUAGCAUUAACCGUGAUAAGCUCCUUACAAAACCUCUCUCAUCAAGGUUACGAGUGUUCUGCAACACACAACUCAGAAAAUACUCUCAGCAAGGAAAGAAAAGCCUAGCUGUCUAUACAAAAAUGCACUGUGUGGUGUUUCUCUUUGUUUUGGAGGUGAACAAAAGUUGUAGCUUUCUUCAGUCACUUUAAAUUUGCAGCUACCGCCCCGAUCACAAAGUUUACGUUGGUUAGAAUUUGCGGCACUGACGGCAGCCUUCUGAGAGUUCAGUUCAGAUUGGGUAUGCGGAAUAAGACGUGGUAGCUGUGUUGGUUGCACUGUCAGAUAUGGCAUCCGAUGACAUCGUAGCGACCGUGGCCGUUGCAUGAGCUCAUUUGUCGAUGGCUUCAAGUCACUCGGUGGUUUGUACAGUGUUGUGUCCAAAAGCUAUCGCGUGAGGCAAGCAGUCUUUUUCUUUGUGCGGGUGCUUUUAAUCUGCAAAACCAAGACGGGGGAAAAAAAAAUGCUUGCAUAUCUAAUGUCACUGUGUGUGUCUCCUGUCGCCAACAGCAGCUUGUCACAAAUUAGUGUCAUGUAAAGAAAAAGAGCUAUGCCAAAAUUGGACUUGGAUGUAGCUGUAAAUACGGCUCAAUUUUUUACUAGCAGCAUACACACUAAACCUUCACCGGUGUACCUUUCAGCCCAACAUUGGAAGCACAAUUUUUUUAAGCUCUUAUUACAACUGAUCACAAAAAUUGAGAUGGGAUGUUAUCUAACAUGCCACUGAUGUUCUUCCUUGUGCAAAGCCUGAUAAGUUCGAAUCGAAUAGUGCAGGUGCGCUCAGAGAUUUGUAUUCCUCAGGUGUGACAGACGUGUAUUCUCGGCACUGUUGACUUCCUCAGAUUGCUUAUCUCUCAAGAGGCUGCACUGGCGAAAGCUGCAGGUAACGUCAUGCCCGUCGGCUGAUAUCCCCAUGUGCGUUCUAAGCUCUGUGUGUACAGUUGCUUUGCUUCGCUGAUUGCAGUAUCAAUGUGUUCUUUACCCCAUCUUUUUUUUUUUUUUCUUUUCAACUGAGAUGUUUGCCGACAGCUUGACAGGUGGCUUUCGUGCUUUUUUGUCUGCUCUCCGGUGGCAGCCGAAAUGUAAAAUUUGUUAGUAGUUUGCUGUGUGGGAAACCCUUCCCAUUCUUGCUAUGCAUUUCUUGGUUUUAUUGAAAUCUGGCCUUCUUCGUAGUAAACAGGGUGUGGCUUUAUAAAACUGCUUUGUUUCACAGCUACCAGACCAAUGCCCAAACUGAAAUCCAAACUAAUGUUCGGGCUGAUAUUUAGGCUGAUGUUCAGGUCGACAAUUAGGUCAUCAUAGGCAUGUGACAGCAGUACUUUAAAAAGAUUUCUUAAACUCCAGUUUGAUGCAGCAUAUGAUAAAUGUUUUUUUUUUUUUCUCUCUCUCUCUUUUUAUAUCUGGGCUUACCCAAAGAUGGUGGGAACACUGGUCAUGAUUUUCAAGUCAGAAUUGUUAUGAAACGACUCACUAUCAAAACAAAUUUUUGUUUGAUAAUAGUCAUUGACCUUUGAGGCUUUAUAAAUGUUCUAUAGUGCGUGCUUUAGUCCAACUAGGUUGUGUACCGCCAAAUUCUCUGCGUGACUGGAAGACUGCAAAUUUUUGUUCAUUGGUGACCGCAACCGGACCUGCAGACGUCCGGUUGCGGUCACAGAAAAAAUGAGCAUGUUGUCAUUGUGUUUGCGGUUACACAGAAAAAAAAAUGAGUUUGUCAGGCUGGGGACUGUGUACUGGGACAGGCAGAAUUAUUCUGCAGGGCAUCAGAGCAUCCUUAAAUUGUCGUUGCCAGGUCACACUUUUAUUAUACAAUCAUUAAUAAAUAACAUUCUUCCAGACUUUAUGUUUGCCUAUAGUAUCAUUAAUCCUUUCUGGUCCGAAUAUAUAAAAUGAAGUGAAAAUUUUAUAUUAGUGCAUCUGAACCAUAAAAGUCGAAGAAAAAUAAUUGAGAAAUUCCCGCUGGGAGUUUUUGGCUGCAGAUUAUAUUUGAAGACCAUUUUUUUUGUGUGCCACCAAAGACGUGCUAUAUGCUUUAGGCAGCAGGCUCCAAAAAUAGAGCGCGGAGGCCAUAUUUACCUGCAGCAUAAAGUCUGAAAAUUAUGUAAUUAGCAUGGGGUGACACUUUAAUCUGGAGCCCUCCACUACGGCGUGUCUCAUAAUCAGAACUGGUUUUGGCACGUAAAACCGCAGAAAGAAUAAGAAGCAUGGGUGACACUCACAUUUCUGAAAAUAGUUUUGUUGUCAGACAUUUCUUGCAAAACAUUAUGGUUUUUAACGCAAUUAUUGGACCAGAAAAGGUUAUAAGCCCAAAGAAACUCCGAGCUAAAAAGUUUCAACAAUUUCGCCAACAUUUAUUGGUUUAGCAUGAAUUAAUAUCAGGGUUGAUUAAGUGCAGAAUUUGCGUUCUCAUUCUCUCCGCAUUAUGUGGCUGCAACGUCUAGCCAAUGAAUGUGAUCAGCGAGACGUGAGCCUGCACGAGAGAUCAUCCCACUAUGCGGCCUCUGUUCUCUCUGGGCUUUUUUUUUUCGUUGUUUUCUUUUGUUUGCUUGCCUUUUGUCAUGUGCCAGGCUCUCUUUUCACUUCCGGUUGCGACGAGUUCCCACCGUAUUGGCAUUGUGUGUUCUCACUCCUUGCAAGUGCCUCUCACGUGGAACAAACGACGACAGGAUGCUUGCAGCCUAGGAACGAUGAAAUUACAACCGCGAGAGAGACAGACAUUUUCUCGAUCAAAAGGCAAAAGGAGACGCCUUUGCGCGUCUGCUAGUCACGAGACAGUAGGAUUUACACGAGCCCUGAAAAAAAAAAAAAAAAAGAAAGGGAUGGUCAACUAAUACGAGUGAGGUUUCUGCUACUUGUGUUUAGUCUUUCUAAAUUAUCUACAUUUCUGUGUUAUUUGAUUGAUUGAUAUUUCUGUGCUACUUUCUGGUUUAAACAUUUUGCUAGUAUGAGGAUGCCACUGAAAAAAUUGGCAUGUUUGGCUGAAGUUAAUUCAGAGACCAUCAUAAUGUGGCAGUCAUCAACAUCAUCAUCAGCCUUUUUCUUUUUAUGUCCGCUGCAGGACGAAGGCCUCUCCCUGUGGUCUCCAGUUACCCCUGUCUUGCGCUAGCUGAUUCCAACUUGCGCCUGCAUAUUUCCUAACUUCAUCACCCCACCUAGUUUUCUGCCGUCCUCGACUGCACUUCCCUUCUCUUGGUACCCAUUCCAUAAGUCUAAUGGUCCACCGGUUAUCUAUCCUACGCAUUAUAUGGCCUGUCCAGCUCCAUUUUUUACUCUUAAUGUCAAUUAGAAUAUCGGCUAUCCCUGUUUGCUCUCUGAUCCGCACCGCUCUCUUCCUGUCAAGAUCUUAACGCUAGGCCUAAAAUUUUUCGUUCCAUCGCUCUUUCUGCGGUCCUUAACUUGUUCUCGAGCUUCUUUGUUAACCCCUAAGUUUCUGCCCCAUAUAUGUGGUGAUAGGGGGUGUCCAAAUCCAUGUCCCAGUGAUGGCCCCCUCUAGAUAAUAGAUGCAGAUCGUGAAGGCUAUCGAAUCAAAUCGAAAUCAGAAUCGAAAGGAAUCGAAAAGAAAGCUUCUAGUAAGGAAGGGGAAGUUUUGGUCUAAUAACAAAAAGAAAAUUCUUUUGAGGUAUCAAAUUGAUGUUCAUCAAAUCGAAGUGGAAAAUUGUAAAGAAAGUUUGUAAUAACAAAAAAGACAUAUUUUUUGAGAAACUGAAUGAAUGUUUGUCAAGUCACGGCUGCUGGUUCUGCGCGGUAUUGUCACUGGAUUUGCAGCCACACAGCCUUGAAAGCCACCUGUCUUGCAGUGUGAGAUGGGUACGCGUGUGUACUUUGUUGUGUGCAGCUUGAGAAACGUAAUUCAGUGUGUGCAGCGCUUAUUGCCAGGAAAGAAACGCUUGCCCCUGUCCUGCGGGCUCAUUUUUUUCAGUGAAAUGUUGUGCGGCAGCUGGUUGGUUCUCGAUCGUGGAUUUGGAAGUUGCGCUGCAUAUUGCAGAAACACGACCACACACGCAGGUUGAUGUUUAUCAACUUGCAUGUGUGACUGCGUUUCUUUGUUAUUACUAUACAGUGCAACCUCAAACCCAUGGUUUUAUUCUUGCCAAGAGUGCAUAGUCAGCACGAGCCAAGAAAUGUGUUGUCAUGGGGGAAGGAAGGAAAAAAAAAAAAAAAAAGACCAUUGGGGAGCACGACGUCAGGCCUCCAGCCUUGGCAAGGCAACCUCCUCCGUCACCCCUCCCUCCCUUGCAUCUGUGUCUACCUGCAUGUUGACUCUUGGAGUUUGCCUCCAAGAGAGUACAGACUCCAAAAAAGGAGUCUGGCGGUCCCAUGCUGCCAACUUCCCCAAUAGGUGGGUGUCCUUAAAUGCGCCUCCAACUCUCGUAGUUGCCAAGCACCUGGCCGGGAGUACGCUUGCACCUAUUUUACCUGUGGAUACCCAGCGGCAGCAUGCGUCUGCCACUAGGUACUGAGCAGCGGUGGAUGCUCGACUAUUUAACCUAAGCUGUAGUGGCAGAAGGGGCACCCAGGGACUUGGGCAAAUCUCUUAAAUCCCUUUCGAGAUGAGAACCUAUGUAAACAAUGGAGUACCAGGUUGUGGCACAUUUCUACUCAUUAGAAAAAAAAAAAAUGAAAACGGUGGGUUGACGGCGGCACCAGGAUUCAAACGCAGUACCCUCCCACACAUGAGGCGGGCGCUCUACCAUUUCACCACCACUGCGGUUCUGAGAGUCAACAUGCAGGUUUCGAAAGGUUGCCCAUCACAAUCACCUUUUGCCGCCCGAUCACCGCUCUCCCCUUUUCCCCAUACUCUCAGCGUUAUUGGCAGCUAGAAUUGAGAGCUUGCUUAUCGCAUGAUGAGGACCUAUUUCCCAUGAGCCUUUCCUUUGUACUUUUUUUAUCACUAGACUUCAAAAUUGUCACGUGAUGCUCCUAGUCUUUUUCCUUUCUCUGUGUGUUUUGGGUUCUUACGUUGGGCUACAGUCUGGGUGAGCUGUUUCCAUUGCGCUGCAAAAAAAAAAAAAAAAAAAGGUUUCGUGCGAAUAGCUGAACCUUUCCUGGCAUUGCUAAUGAGAGUGCCUGGUACAGAUUGGCUCCUGUAGCCUGGGAUGAACAAAAUUUUACCGAGAGGAUGCUUUAGCUUGGCAGUUUCUGUUGGGAUACGAAAGCAGAGAUAUUGUCUUGCUCCAAAUCCACUGAACUGAUUUUGGUGUAGCUUGUGGCACUAUAAAAAGAAUGUUAAUCCCAAACUGCGCAGCCAUAAAGAAAAAGAGAGACUUCAGGUUCACAUUUGUGCUUGUGUUUCGUGGUUUACCGAGGCUGAAAUUUUACGGUUGUGGAAGAAGCAGCCCAAUUUGGUGCUCACUAUGAAAAGGUGUACAGAGAUGCACGGUGACAUGCGUUAGAUUAGCACGUGUAUUCAUGUGCUCCUGAGUCUUCUUGUGUGAAGCUGCUUCCUUUUGUGCUGCUUCAUAGUGUUUUGAUGAAACGUUUGUUGCUUCAAUGAAAGUAGCUGUGGUAAGGUGCUGGCGAUUUUCUUCUGCGAGACACAAAUGUCUUUGUGGGCAUUUGGAUGCUCAAAUGUCUUCGAAGACAUUUGUGCCUCCACGUACGUUUGGGCCAUUGAUGCAGGCCUUUAGAGGAUCACUAAGCAGAAAUUGUAAAUCAGACCAGACUGGUUAGUUAUGCUUCUCAGUCUCUCGGCACAUUAGUCAUUGCAGUACAAUUUGUGGAGCAGAGGGCUUCCACGGGAAUGCCAAGGUAGUGCCGUCGCGUUUUUGUCGCCGUCUCAGGCACUAAGACCCCGUCAUUGGUGGAACUGACACAUUUGGCAUUCAAGAGGCGUAACCUACCAUGACCCAAACACUAAAUUGUGCAAGUGGACAAGGUUAGAGGAGCGUAAAAUGGACAGAAGCACUUCUUUUACGCUUCUCCAUUUCCAGCUACUUGUGCGCUGUAGUCUUGAAGUCGUGAAUAACCGACUUUCCCAGUUCACUACAUUGCUGAGUAACCUACCAGUCUGGACUGGCAUGACAUUUUCUUUAAUACCCAUUUAAGAUCACUGUUACUGGUCAUUCUUCAUUCCGUGGUGUUGCAACUUUCUUGCUUGCUUUGUCGGCUGUGUGGAUGAAAGCAUAGUGUUUCAGACCAAGAAUACUGGAGGGAUAUCCACAGAUAAGUGUUCACAGAUGAUGCCAACAUGGCAGUUAUGUCAGCAUGGGAAUUAUUGAAAUCAAGCGUACAUGACUGUCAGUUCUGUUGGGCUUGAAGAGUGCUUGUGGCUUCUGAUAUUGAGUUUCUUGCAGCUUGCCUGUCAUGAGAAAUUUUUUUAUGUGGCAUAUGACUAGUUUAUAUUUGGAACUUACAAGUGACUACCAUUUGGCUUACUUUUCAAACUUUCACCAAAACAAAUAGUUUGGACCAUCGAAAACAAGCUAACCAGCUUGCUGCCGCCAGUUAUACGUUACCUAAACUUUAAAUGCACAUGGGUUAACCCCUUCACAAGCCAGUUAAUUCUGUCUCUGAAAAAAAAAAUUUCCUUCAAAGCUUUUCUUGCCUGCUAAGGUGGGAAGGACAGACACAGGUACAUAAAACUGACACCACAAGUGCUGGGCUGACAGCCGAGUUUUAUUGCUCAAGGACCGGCAGUAUGUCCGUACGCUGCAACAGCAUACGAAGCACGUGCCUCACGUGCUGUUGUGGUGCGCACAUGGGCACAGAAUAGUGCUGUGGUGAGCACGAAAUGAAGCAACCUCACAAACAUGCGCGAAAAAGAAAAGAUACGGCGUAGCAUCUCUGAGCUGUCGCCUACUACAGCAUACGGGCAGAAUAUUUAGAUCUAUGCAGGAAUUGCAGUUUUUUUAUCUAAAAGCACUAGAGAAGGGGCGCUGGCUCAGGUGUCUUGCAGCCUUAAAGAUUUGCUCGGCUUCCAAAAUUUCGCGCGCUGUAUUGUACCAGCUUCUGCUCACAAUCAUUGCCUUUUCGAACUCUGGCUCGCAGCCACAGUCCCUGCAGCGGAAGGCUCAGUGCCUCGAAACAGCGUGCUCCAUGUUGUACUUGCGUUUCCUGACCCCUGCAUGCCAGAGUUCGAAAGUACUGUAUUCCAUUUCAUACGAAGCAGGCAGUGCUAUGAAAGCUAGUCAGUCUUUUCAUAUUGUUCGCAUCCACGACAAAAGAUAAUGCGUAACAUACGAAAGAAAGAUGGGUAGGUAUGUGUCAUGUAAUUUUAUGCAACAUUUCAAGUGCUACUUUUUUAUGCCACGAGAUACGACUUAAUUAUUACAUAGAAGGCGUCGCAGGUCUGAACCUAUUUCUCUCAAUGUUUGCAUUUGCGAGCAAGAAAUGGUGCGUCGAAUACGAUAGACAUAGUUCGACGUCUCAUAGUUUUAUGUCACAAAAUUAUGGUGUAUUUAUUAAAUGGACAGUGUCAUUGAUCUGGCCUUAUUUACCACUGAACAUGCACAGUGACACUAUUUCAGUAACCAGUGGGCCACAUAUUUCAGUGGCCAUAUAUACCAGUGACCACAUAUACCAGUGAGCACAUAUACCAGUGACCACAGUAUACGUCAUAGACUGGAAGCACAAGGGUGCACAAAUAUUAUACUUGAUUUGACGUGACCUUGCGUUCGCAAGUUGUACUUGUAAUAUGUAUGAAGUACUUAUUCUGCAGAAAGUGUUGCAGAUCAAAAACAACCGCAUUGCAAAGUGAGUGAGACUUCUGUGACCUCAAUAGUAUUUACGUAGUUUCCACAGCGUUGCCUGUUUAGUGUGAAACGGAUCACAGUCGUUACUAACAGUAGUUCGCCUUUUCCAUGACGUAGAAAAAAAAUUAAAAGCUAACUCAAUUAGCUGGCACAUAUGUAGAAAUUCUCUGUCAGUUCGACAGGAGCAUAUUUGCUGCUGCAUUCUUAGGUUGUCGCUGAUUAUGUUUAACUGUUAUGGCAUUACCAAACUGGAUGACUUUCAUUUUGCCGACAUUUUUGUGUUUAUGAAACUUCACUUCAGGCAUCCCUGAAUGAUACCGAAGGUGGCCAAAUGGUGUGUGCCUGCUAAAGUUUGAGAAAUAUUUGCUUAAAAGGGGGCAGGCAUAAAAUGUAAUCCUAAAAGUGUAACAAGAGAAGCUGCAAGUGCUGUUACACCUUAAUGAAGCAUGGACGCAUGAUAACCAACUGCAAGGUGCAUUUGCUAGGGCCCGGGUUGUGGAAAUGGUGCGAUUCACUUGCGGACACUUAGUUUCAGGUUUGCAGAGCGCAUUUCCCAGUUAAGCUACGUUCACGCUGUUGCUGCUGCGUAUGAUGUAGUUGAACGUCAGGUGUCAAUAUAAGCCGAGUCCAGUAUAAGAUCAUUGCACACUUUCCAUAAUUUCCAUCCACACACUGCCCUGUGGUAAUGUCUAUAAACCCCUGUGGCUGAAAACGCCAGCAAGUCUUUGGCGUACAUAGGAUGGCCUUUCUCGAGUGCUCAUUCAGUGUCAAAAAAAAAAAAAAUAUGACGAAAAAAAUGUGCGUGGGUGGGGGAUGGAAAAGAGAUGUAUGCUUUGCAAGUGUUCAGUGCGUGUCCUGGUGUAGUUAUCAGACACUGGAAAUGGUUAUCGUUGCCACAAAUGCAAAUUUUAUGCCCUCCUGUGUUGUUUGCUGCUGCUGAUGUUGUUUCGACUUCCAUGGCCACGACUUGUUUUCAAGCGUGCAGCGCCUGCUGUGAGUGCAAAGGCCGAAAUAACUGUGUUCUUAUAGGACGUGUUUCAGUUUAAGUUGGCUGUUUUGUUAGUGUCGCAGCAUUCAUUUUGUAGUGCAGUUUUAUAGGCCUUUUUUGUUAAAAUGUUGCGUCGCUUUUGUAAACAGCGAGUCAGCAGUGUUAGCUCGAAGCAAAUCGUAUCUGACUAUAACUUAGGUCACAGAACUGAAAAAGCGUAUGCGCGACAUUCAAAUCAAAGAUAUGUUAACUGUCUGGUUCAUUUGGAACACACACAGGGAUGAAGGUGAAAUUAUGCUUUUUUUUUUCAGUAUAUUGUUAUAGUUGCAUAUAACUACUCAUGUUAUGUUGUCUGUUAAAAAAAAAAUUGCUUAGGAAAUAAUUCACUUCUUCACUGCUUAGUUUCUUUAUCGCUUUCAAACUGUUUUUAGUUGGCACCACUUGUGGCCAUGUAUAUUUAUACAGCAAAGCUGAGCAUUGACUUCUCAUUUUUAAGUUAUUUCGUCUUUAGUAUGUUUCACCGUUUUGUUGCGUGUUGUCUAAGUUAUGACUCUUGAUGUCUUCGCCUGCGUUUGAGAAGUGUUCUGCAUUGUGCACACUAUGACGCGAGUGCAAAACUUGCAUAUUUUGUAGGAAUUUGCCCACUUCUGCAACUUACAUUCGAAAUUACCGAUCAAGUUCCAACGAACAAAUUGCAGUUUUCUAGCUGCAUGCUUUCCUUAAAAAAAAAAAAUGAGGGCUUGCUUUUAGCUUUGAUAGAAUACCUUGAACUCGUUUAAUGCAUAUUUUUUUAAAGAUGAGAAUAGUAAAAUGCUAGUGGCUUCCAAGUUGAACAAUGCGAUUAAUUUUUACUAUUACUCGAGUAACCAUGUGUAACAGUGUCACACAUUAGAGGUCUGUUUUGGCUUUGAUUAGAACAGUUACAUUAUUGAGUUCAUCUGCAGUUUUUGCAACUAGCUGAACACUGUUGUGGUUCAGAGAAUGUGCAUGGAAAGAGGACGUUCUUCCGCUAUUCCAAUCUCUAGCAAACAAUACGUCAGACUAGUAAAAGAGUGUUUUGCCAAAAAGAAAAGAAAGGAUUGACAUUUUUUUGUGUGUGCGUGUUUGUGUUGGUGUGCAUGCAGUCGCAGGAAUGGUUUCUAUGUGCCAUGUGUGUAUCAUAAGCGUAACGACUGUGUUUUAAUCAACACUACAACACAAAAAGAUAUAUGAUGUUUUACGAUGGCGCCCAUACGUGGGAGAAAAGCAACCAUUCGGACUGCGAGUUUUGGUCUCAGAACGCCAUUGUGUACAUAGACAAACGGUGCCGCAAAGACGACCUGCUCAACGGAGAGCAUCUGUAACUCGCGACACAUUUGUGGACAAAAAAAAAAAAAGACCUUUGUCGCAACCUUGUACAUACAUACUUGAGUGUAGUGUGCUGUUUUCCUAGUGAUGCCAUCAUAGUAAAUAAAGGCUAGUUUGUAUCACAAA